AUGCUGACUCUGAAAUUUGCUCAGAACAACUUUGACGAAGUGAGACUCUAUGCUGAGGAUGAUCUUGUCUCUGUCUGCGCCGGGUUAGUGACCGUGGACCGAGAAAGUCAGGUCAUUCGUUUGGUCCAUUACACUACCCAUGACUACAUCCAAGGCACUGAGAGAUACACACACGGAAAAGAGCGUAUAGAAGUCAGCGAUGAAAUGCGUCUAAAUUAUCCCUUCCUUGAUUACGCUGGGAAAUACUGGGGCCAUCAUGCACGUGGCCCUCCAGAGCACGUUCUCGAAAUAAACAUUUUCCUUUUUCUGGGGCGCGAAUUGAGGGGGCUUUUAGCUUGCGACCUGAUCGACGACACUGCCGGCUACUGGGACUUCGGACCGAUGCCAGCCUUGACAAUCCUAGUCCAUUUUGGCUUGAAGCGUCUUGUUAGCAAUCUAGAUUGUUUUGACGACGAAGAGUCGGCUCCAAUAAGCGCGAUACGGUAUCGAAAGGAUACUCUAGCAUUCCUCUUCGUCGAACGUGGCGCAUACUGGCACGACAGUGCAGAGAACUUCGUAGUCGCUGAGUGUUCCUCCCAUAAGUUGGAGGGAAACGAGAAUAUGGCUUUGCUCAGAAGGAGUGGCGCAGAAGAACGCAGAGCGAUGCCUGAUUUGCUGCGUGAGCUCGGAGCCAAUUGUGACCCGCAGGAUCUCAAAUAUUGCACAUCUCUCAUAUGUGCAGUCAUUGGGGGCGACGACUUCGAUGUUCGUCGGCUACUAAAUGACGGUGUAGCUGUCAACGAAAAGAAUGGGCAUGGGAGAGACGCACUCAUCUACGCCGCAUUGGCGAGGCAGGAGGCAGUAGUGGUACCGCUCCUUGAGGCAGGAGCAGACGUUUACUCAAGUGACGAAGAUGGUAUGACGGCUCUCUGCGCCGCCUGUAAAGGCGGGAACGAGAGGAUAGUCAAGCGGUUGCUUGAAAGUGGGGCUGAUGUUUCGGCUCAGGACCGGUUCGGACAAACGGCGAUGUCUAUCGCAACUGAAAGUGGGAAUGCGCCAGUUUUGCGGCUGUUACGAGACCAUGAGACCGGUAAUCACUCGGAAGCUGGAAUAGAAGCCGACACCAAAGCCGUGGUGGACGAAGCCCAACGGAAGGCAGAAAUCAACGAAGUGAUAGCUCUCUUCAAACGCGAUCGUGACGUCGGCUUGCCAGAUAACAAGUUUAUACAGGUAGUACGGAGGGAAACGAUAAGACGGGGAUAUGACAAGAUAGUACCAGCAAUUUGGGACGCUAUCCUCAAGGAGAAGGAGCGCGAAAACGAUCCUAUGAUCGUUGCAGAACAGGAUACUGAAGGAAGCUAG